AUGGAUGGUGGUUGGUUGUAUUGGUGGGUGGUGGUUAUAAUGGUGGGUGAUGGGCGGGUAGUAAUGAUGGUGGUGAAUGUGGGUGAGUGGGUGAUAGUUGUGAUGGGUGAGGGUGGUGGUGGCAGCGGCGACGGGUUGGGGUGGUGGUGGUGGGUGGUAGGUAGUGAUGAGUGGUGGGUGUGGGAGGCGGUGGUGAUGGGCGGUGGAGGUGGGUGGUGGUGGUGGGGUGGCGAUGGUGGUGGCGAGUGGUGGUUGGUGAUGUGCAUGAUCUUGACAAUGUUGAAUUAUGAAAAUGUAUCAAGUAUGUUUAUGUAG